CGAAACCAAGACUAUGUACGUGUGCUGCGCUUUAACGUCAACGUGUCGUUUUUACAACUGAAUAAUUUUAGUAAAACAGUAAGGAUGUUUUCAAGUUGUUUGUUCAUUGUAUGACCUUGAUGUUAUCGACAGUACACGCCAACAACACUUGUAAUGUUAUUUUGUUAACGAUACGACCUGAGUGCCUGCAAGGCUGCAUUUUUAAGGGUGUGUGACUGCAAAAAUCCUUCGCCGUUCAGGAACUUGAGGAAGCAAUGCGAGAUGAGAGUUUCCAUGAUUUGAGAUUUUGAGUACAGAAAUUUCCUCUAGGCCUACCGGUACCCAGCAGUGGGUAUUGGGUUUGCUUGCUGUGCUGCCACUGGGUCACAUAAGCACGUUAAGGAAUCCAACUGCAAGUCGAUGAAAACCAAAAACGUGCAGUCGGAUGACGCAGAGCAGAGGGUGGGACUGCUGGUCACCAGUGAAGACAUGAAGCAGGCAACCGGUGACUUAAGGCCACGGGACAAUAACGUGAAGAAUGGCAAGCUGUUUGUGUGUUGCGCCUGUGCCCUUAUGGCAGCGUUCAGCAUGGGCUUGGCGAUUGGUUACUCUUCCCCCGCGGAUCCAGAUCUGCAAAGCAAGGGGAUACUAUCAAGGGAUCAAGUCUCCUGGUUUGCGGCUCUUGUUACAAUCGGCGCCAUGAUUGGCGGGCUCAUUGCCGGUUUUCUCGUGGGACUGGUCGGGCGUAAGCUGACCCUCAUGACGUGCGCCCUGCCGUUCGUCGCAGGCUGGGUUCUGCUGGCGACCUGCACGGCUGUCUGGUUGCUGUACAUCGGACGGAUACUGACCGGUAUAGGGGCCGGAAUGACGACACUGGUCACUCCGGUGUACAUCGCUGAGAUGUCCAGUCCUCAACUCCGAGGUAUGCUUGGUGCUAGCUUUCAGCUGAUGAUCACCCUCGGCAUUCUGGUUGCCUACGCUCUCGGCAUCCCCUUUAACCACGUCUGGUUGGCCAUCGUUGGAGCGGGCUUUGCUGCUGCCCUCGUGGUCACCAUGUGCUUCAUGCCGGACACGCCGCGAUUCUACUUGAGCCAGCACCAGCGAGAGAGGGCGCUGGUUGUGCUGGGCUGGCUGCGAGGACCCAACGCGGACGUCGGUGUGGAAUGUAGAGAAAUAGAGGACGCGUUAGACAAUUCCAAUGAGAGUUUUUCCAUCCGUGAGUUCUGCCAAGUAUCGCUGCUCAAGCCGCUCUUCAUCUCCAUCAUGCUGAUGAUUUUCCAGCAGUGCAGUGGCAUCAACGCCGUCAUGUUCAACGCCAAGGACAUCAUGACGUCGGCCGUUCAGGGUAUCUCUCCCGACGCGGCUACGAUCGUCCUGGCAGCGGUCCAAGUCGGCGCGACGUUUGUGAGUGUCAUACUCAUGGACGUGACUGGCAGGAAAAUUCUACUCAUCCUGGGAGGUGCUCUAAUGGCGAUCAGUUCUGGCACCUUUGGCCUCUACUACCAACUCACAGGCAAUCAGAACAUCACAACAACUGUCGUGCCAGCCUGCGAUUUCCUCGGUAGCGCCACAGUUUGUCCUUCCCCUGCCGACCACCCAGACCUAACCUGGUUGUCCCUAGUCAGCAUCAUCAUCUACAUCAUCGGAUUCUCCAUCGGCUGGGGACCCAUCCCCUGGCUGAUCAUGUCGGAGAUUUUCCCGACGAAAGCUCGGGGCGCGGCAAGCGCCAUCGCCACAGUCACCAACUCGAUGUUUGCGUUUCUCGUCACCAAGACUUUUACACAACUUGAGGACGCACUGACCAGGCAAGGCACAUUCUGGCUCUAUGCUGGUGUCUGCGUCGUCAGUGUCAUCUUCGUUUUAUUCCUCGUUCCUGAGACGAAAGGCAAGACGCUUGAGGAGAUAGAAGCAGGCUUCACCGGCCAAAACCUGCAUAGUAAUGUGCAUCCCACUUCUGACCCCGAUAAGGAUGGAGUCAAUGACUAAUGUUUGACCAUCUGCUUAACGCAUUGUGAGUUUAGAAAAAAAAAGACCUUGUUGCUUAGACUAAAGGCAAGACACUUUGGGAGAAAGCAGGGGUAGAAGUCUGUAAACAUAAAGUAUCAGGUGAAUAUUUUAAGUUAGCUUAGUAUGAUCCGUAUUAAGAUUUAGUAUUUAAAUUUCUGUGCCAUUACAAGGUUAUGGUUUUAUUCUGUUUGAGGCCGUUCAACACUGAGUGAAGAGACUUUGAGGUGGAUUUUUCUUGGGAACAUAUUUUUGCAACUUUCUACUCCUUUUAAAAUUCAUGAAAACCAUUUGACAUCCCUUUUUGGAUAAUGUUAUUGAAAAGUGCACUUCUUUCAACUUUAUUUUAAGUCCAUGUUUUUCCUAACAACUGAGGGUGUUGUUGCUAUGAUGUCAUUUCAGGAAGACACUGUCCAGUUUAUGGGUUUUCCGUUCAAAUUGUGAACCAAAAAUUUUGCUCAAUGAAAAUU